CUAUCCCAGAACUCUCUCUCAGGGUCGGUUGCACCAAGGAGCGUGGUCAGAGAGAAGGGACCCACACAUAAGUGAGAGGAGAUACGGGGGGAGAGAGAGACAAGGUGUGGAAUUUUGAGAUCCAACCCUGGCUCAGACACCUGCAACAAUGCAGAUUGGCAUCGUAGGAUUUGGACAUUUAGGACAAUUUCUUGUGGAGAGGAUUCAGAAGGAGGGACCAAAGACGGGACUUAAACUAGCGUUUGUGUGGAACAGAAAUUCAGACAAGCUCAAAGAUUCAGUACCUGAAGAACUCAUUCUCCAUAAUCUACUAGAGUUUCCAAAAAGAGGAGCUGAUGUAAUUGUGGAAGUAUGUCAUCCUCGGAUUGUUAAGGAAUUUGGGCCCCAGUUCCUGUCACAAUCUCAUUUCCUGGUGGGAAGCCCCUCAGCCCUCUCAGACCCUGACCUGGACCAGCAGCUGCGCAGUGUUGCUAAGCUUCAUGGGAAAACACUUUAUGUGCCAUGUGGAGCAUUAUGGGGUGGACCGGACAUACAGAAGCUAAAUGACUGUGGAACUUUGACCGCCUUAACCGUCCGCAUGUCUAAGCAUCCAUCCUGUUUCCGUCUGUCACAAGACCUUCUAAGCGAUUGGUCAGAGGGGGAGGGUAGGCGGGUCAUUGUCAGUGGUCCUGUUGCAGAGAUCUGUCCACUCGCCCCGAACAAUGUCAACACCAUGGCAGCGGCAGCUAUUGCUGGGUCAACGCUGGGCUUCUCAGGAGUCAGAGGCGAGCUUGUGUCAGACACAGCACUGAAAGAUUAUCAUGUGGUGGAAGUGGAGGUGACUGGUGUGGAUGGUUUCACUGUGAAAACCGUCAGAAGGAACCCGGCAAAACUUGGAGCAGUAACUGGCAACGCCACCUAUAACUCCUUCUGGAGCAGUUUACUAGUUUGCAGAGGCCAUGGAGGCAGAGUCUACCUGUGCUGAAGUUGGAUGAAUUUGUGGAUACAUUCACCUGUUCAAUUUAUUCCUGAUGGCUAUAUCUCAUCUGUGCAUUGUACUAUACAAUAAAAAAAAUUCAGUAUUUCAACAUUA